CCUCUCUUCGACGGUAGAACGGCCUCCACGUUGUUGACGUCGUCGAACCCGCUGACCGGCGUUGCUGUUUAUUAUUACCACGACAACGAUGAAGCGCAACGCAUGUCUCUGGGUGGUUUUGACCACUUACCUCGCACACCAAUGCGUUUGCCAGCAGCAACUGAAAUCGUCCAAUAUACAAGAGGACCCGUGCAAGGCUAAAAACAAAGUUGUGGCAGACGCUAACUACUGCGACCGGUAUUGGGAAUGCGUGGACGGACAACCCGAACUGUAUGACUGUCCCAACGGAUUGGUGUACUCGGGAAAGCACAGGGGUGUCACCGAAGGAUGUGACUACCCGUGGAGGGCCAAGUACUGUGACGGCAAAACUCAAGCCAACGGACCUAUAACUCGCGAGCACUGCGACUGGCUGUACGGCAUAUUCGGUCACGAGACAUCGUGCACCCGAUACUGGACUUGCUGGAACGGAACUGCGACAGAACAAUUGUGCAUCGGUGGAUUGUUGUACAAUGAGAUAACGCAUUCGUGCGACUGGCCCGAGAACGUGGAGGGUUGCCAAAAACAUCCUCUUUGCAAUGAAGACGCCAACGGAAACGUGCCUCUGGGAAAAUCUUGUAAUAGGUACUGGCAGUGUCAAGGAGGAUACCCCAGGUUGCAACGGUGCCCGGCCAUGUUGGUGUUCGACAAGAGAACCCUGAGGUGCGUAGUGCCCCCAACCGAGGACUGUGAAGUACCUACAACACCUGCUCCGUCUCCGGAAGAUUUGGCCAACAAUAACAAUGACGACGGUGAAGACGACGGCGGCGAAGAAAACGUGCCGGCUCAACCGCAUCAACUUCUGCAACCACAGCAGUCUAAAGUCAACGUUCCCCAACGUCAGCAACAUCAAAACCGAGGACCAACACAGCCGCAACAACAACAACGACAGGCUCAACAGCAAAGAAAUCAACAACAACAACAACAGCAACAACAGCAGCAGCAGCAACAUCAGCAGUUGCAGCAACCGCAGCAGACGCAACAAACGCAGCAACAGCAGCAGUUCCGAGCUCAACCUCAACCGCAAUUCAAUCAGCAGAGACCGCAACAAUUCCAACUACCUCCGUUGCCGGACCAACAACAACACGAUGCGCAAAGAAGAGAAGACGGCAGUUUCGGUGACAGCUCUUCGGCGCAACAACAAUAAAAUCUAUAUACCAUUUUAUCCCGCCGACGUUUACGUUUAGUGCAAUUUAAAUGACCAAUUACAAUUCCGGUUCCUUUGUUUUAUAAUGGUAUAAAUACUUAAUAAUAACAAAUCGCGAUCGUAAAAUAGGAACCGUUAUAAAUUAUAAUUUGUUCUUAAAUAAUUCGCUUACAGCAGUGCUCAUCUUAAUUUGUAUUUUAACGCUAUUAAGUAAAAAAAAAUCCGUUUGUUUAGUAAAAAUAAUGACCAUUUAACAUUUUUUUAUUUAAUGGCGUUGUCAAAAGCUCACUGAUUUUUCUAUAAAAAAAAUCGAUUCGCUCUAAAUCAAAUGCCGCAAUUAUUGUUAAAACAUUCACAUAGAAAACAAAUUUGUAUUAAAAAUAAGGAAAGCCAAAAAUAAUUUUAGUUGAAUACGCUCUGUGAAUCAUUUUGUAGGUAUUAAUUAUAAUUAGUUAAGAAUAUGUAAUUUUUAGAUGUUUAUAUACUUAUCGAUACAAAAUUGAAAUUACUUGCCAAAGGACUGAGUUUUCUAAUAAUAAACAAUAUCUUAUUAUGUA